GUUCGUUUUUUUAGGGUCCGGUUCGUUCCUAUUUUCGCUCUUCUUUCUCCUUCCCCCCGCGCGCCCCCCGCUCCAUCAGCUGGGAGGUGGUGCGUGGCGCUGUCACGUGACCGGAAGGCGGAAGCGGCCGCGCUGAGACUCCUGACUGAGCGCUGAGCGGUGAUGGGGAGGAUGGCGGAGGUCGUGGGCCGGGCUAGAGCCGCCUUCAGCUCGGGUCGGAGCCGGCCGCUGGAGUUCAGGCUGCAGCAGCUGAGGAACCUGCAGCGGAUGGUGCAGGAGAAGGAGCGGGAGAUCCUGGCGGCCAUCGGGGCGGAUCUGCACAAGUGCGGUCACAACGCCUACAGCCACGAGAUCAUGGGGGUGCUGGGGGAGCUGGCCCUGACCUUGGAGAAGCUGCCGUCGUGGGCGGCUCCUCGGCCGGUGAAAAAGAACCUCCUGACGCUCCGGGACGAGGCGUACGUCAACCCCGAGCCGCUGGGGGUGGUGCUGGUGAUCGGAGCCUGGAAUUACCCCUUCGUGCUGGUCAUGCAGCCGCUGAUCGGGGCCAUCGCCGCAGGCAAUGCGGUGGUGGUGAAGCCAUCGGAGAUCAGUGCGCACACGUCCCAGCUGAUCGCCGACAUCCUCCCUCAGUACCUGGACCCGGAGCUGUACCCGGUGGUCACCGGGGGAGUGCCUGAGACCACAGAACUGCUGACACAGAGGUUUGAUCACAUCCUUUACACUGGGAACUCUGCCGUGGGCAAAAUCGUGAUGGCAGCGGCUGCCAAGCACCUGACACCUGUCACCCUGGAGCUGGGUGGGAAGAGCCCCUGCUACAUCGACACGGACUGCGACCUGGCCGUUGCCUGCAGGCGGAUUACGUGGGGGAAGUACAUGAACUGUGGGCAAACCUGCAUUGCCCCAGACUACAUCCUGUGCCACCCAUCCAUCCAGAGCCAGGUGGUGGAGAACAUUAAGGCGACGCUGCAGGAGUUCUAUGGGGAGGAUGUGAAGAAGUGUCCGGAUUAUGAAAGGAUCAUCAACAAGCAUCACUUCAAGAGGAUCAUGGGCCUGCUGGAAGGGCAGAAGAUUGCCCAUGGAGGAGAAACUGAUGAGGCCUCCUGCUUCAUAGCACCCACCAUCCUCACGGACGUUUCUGCGGAGUCCAAGGUGAUGGAAGAGGAGAUCUUUGGGCCGGUUCUGCCCAUUGUGUCUGUGAAGAACGUAGACGAAGCCAUUGAGUUCAUCAACCGUCGGGAGAAGCCGCUUGCCCUCUAUGUCUUCUCCAACGACAAGAAGUUAAUCAAGAGAGUUAUCUCAGAAACCUCCAGCGGGGGCGUUACUGGAAAUGAUGUCAUCAUGCAUUUCUUCCUCUCCACCUUGCCCUUUGGUGGUGUUGGGAACAGCGGGAUGGGCGCCUACCACGGCAAACACAGCUUUGACACCUUCUCCCACCACCGCUCCUGCUUGAUCAAGGAUCUGAAGAUGGAGGGCACAAACAGGGUCCGGUACCCUCCCAGCAGCCAGAAGAAGUUGGAUUGGGCCAAAUUCUUUAUUCUGAAGCGAUUUAACAAGGGCCGUGUGGGACUGAUCAUGCUGGCCCUGUUGGGUGUUGUGGCAGCAUUGGUGAUAAAGAAUCACCAGUCUGUGCUGAAGAGAAAAGCUCUCUUGGUUGUGCUGGCUGUUCAGAGGCUGGGCUGGCUCAGUGUGUGUUAAGGAGGAGCAGGCUUCAGAGCACUGCUGUUGCUGUUACAGUGAGAUGGCUUUCUGCUGAAAAGAGGAGAAGGUGCCAUAACCUGUGUGCAAGUCAUAUUUUGGGCGCUCACUUCGUGUCUGAUUCUUUCACUUCAGUCCUGUUUUUCUUUUGAGCUGGGUUAUUUCUGUGAGCUGUUGAGCACGCAGAGCAGCCUUGGGAAGGCACUAAUCAUGAGGAGGCCUGGACUCCUGCUUACUAACAAGCCACACUGAAACAGAGGGACCAGUGGAUAUGAGCUCUCAAAAGGAGAACUGAAGAGCAAGAAAUACAGCACCUGACACCCCCAGUCUUACACCAAACUGCCUGGCUUCAUCCACUGAUAAACAGGAGCUCGUGUUUCGGCUGUAAUUGGCCUGGCAGUGUUUUCCCUGCAGUUCUGGGAUCAGUCACUUCUGUUGUGCUCCAGCCAGCAUUAUUCUUGGUGACAGGUAUGAGACAGGCUGUGCUGCUGGUGUGCUGGCUCGUGCUUUGUUCUGACAGUGUCGGUUAUGAAUAAAUGGGGUGAGAUUCCCACCUGCCAUCUACUUGGGGUGGAAUAUUCCUGGGUCCCUGUGAGCCAGAAUCAUCCACAGCUGUUGGGUGGUGCAGGCUGACUCCUUUUGGGGGCAGUGGGGCACAUCAUAGCAAUUAUGUGAUAGACUACAAAGAAGAUAAGUGCCAUGUCUGUAUUUUACUAAUGACAAGAGACCCCUGAACAGGAGAAAGCAAUUACUGGGACUGUGUACCCCAAUGUGUUUGAGCUUCUGGGUCUGCUAUGGUCUUGCACUGGGUUAUGACAUGGGACCUGUUCUAAUCAGGGGAGAUGGUGGUGGGGAAAUUGAAGGUGGGAGGACCCUGUAAAUGUUCUUCAAAGGAAAUCUGGAAGUGAUGACUGGCUGCAUUUCUUAGCAAAUUGUGACCACUACGCAGUAGCGGGGAUUUCUUCGCGUCUGGUGAAAAUCCACAUGCUAAGGCUUUGUAAUGAAUUAUUUUGCAAAUAUAAAAUAAAUACUAAGAAUUUAAAUAAGAAA